CUCCCACUCAUCAAAUCCAAUUAAAUCCACUCUCUCUCUCCUCCGAUUCAAGUCCGCUCCCACUCUCACUCUCUCUCUCUUUCUCUACGGUCAAAUAUUUUCCCCUUCUUUCCCUCCUUUUACUCUCUCUCCCCUCUCCCCCCUCUCCCUUCUGUCUCUCUCUCUCUCUGUCAGACCUCUCUACGUCUAGAAACCUCUCCCUCUGGAGUCGACGCUCCGGUUUCUCAUUGUUAUCGGCUAAAUGGACGGAGGCGGACAGUACAACCCGCGCACGGUGGAGGAGGUGUUUAGGGAUUUCAAGGGACGGAGAGCCGCCAUGAUUAAGGCCCUCACCACCGAUGUCGAGGAGUUUUACCAGCAGUGUGAUCCUGAGAAAGAGAAUCUUUGCCUCUAUGGAUACCCAAGCGAGCAGUGGGAAGUCAACCUACCUGCUGAAGAAGUGCCUCCAGAACUUCCUGAGCCUGCACUUGGUAUCAACUUUGCCCGAGAUGGAAUGCAAGAGAAAGACUGGCUAUCAUUGGUUGCUGUCCACAGCGAUGCAUGGCUUCUUUCUGUGGCAUUCUAUUUUGGUGCUAGAUUUGGAUUCGACAAGGCUGAUAGGAAACGUCUAUUCAACAUGAUGAAUGAACUUCCCACAAUAUUCGAGGUGGUCACGGGAAGUGCCAAGAAACAGGCCAAGGAGAAGUCUUCCACGACAAAUCACAGCAACAGCAAGUCCAAAUCAAACUCCAAGCGUGGAUUGGAAUCUCAGCCCAAGAACUCCAGGGCGCUGCAGCAGAAGGAAGAAGAGGACGAGGGGUUGGAGGAAGAGGAGGAUGAGGAGCACGGGGACACCCUGUGUGGGGCCUGUGGGGAGAACUACGCUGCUGACGAGUUCUGGAUCUGCUGUGACGUGUGCGAGAAAUGGUUCCAUGGGAAGUGCGUGAAGAUCACACCCGCCAGGGCCGAGCACAUCAAGCAGUACAAAUGUCCCUCCUGCAGCAACAAGAGAGCCCGCCCUUAAUAUAGUGUAGCUCUUCCCCCUGGUCAAAAGAGAUUAAUGGAUCGGGGCUUAGCGUCUUGAGUUUGGUUGACUGCUAAUCUGUGUCUAGUUGGGUCUCAGGGUCUCGUAUUUACUCGUAUCGUGAUUCUUCCGGGUUAGGUGGGAAGUGUAGUUUUCGAGUGGGUUCGGUUAUAGAUAUUUAUAUGUUUGGUGCUAGCUCUUUUCUUUGUGAAUGAAUCUGUGAUGUAGUGAGACAAAUGUUAAUUGUUCCUAAAGGGAGUCAGUAGUUUCUUGUGUCGACU